GACUUCGUCGUUCGUUGUUAGAGCAUGUAUCAAACAUUAACAGCAAUCCAAAUAGCAAGUUGUUUAUACUUCUGGAUCCUUCGGAUUCGAUUUUCAAAUAUAGAAUUGAAAUGUUAAAAUAGCACUUCUGCUAAAUCUUGAAAACGUCAUCAAAACGGACAAUAUUUUUCUGAUAAAAAUAUGGUGCGGAGGGAAUGUUUCGUUCCUGGAUGCAGAACAGGAAGUGCAAAAAACCGCUUACAAAACAAAAAAGAGGGUAAAAAGACACCUGCUUUGUUUGGACCAAGAAGUGUGGAACAACUCAAACAAUGGAGGAAGUAUAUCCCCAGGGCAGAUAGAGAUUUAACGAUGAAUGAUCGUGUGUGUGAACUGCAUUUUCUUGAAGAAGAUGUAAUUAAAUAUUUUGAGACUGAAAUUACUGAUGGCACAUUAUUUAGAUUAGAAAGAGGACGGUAUACUUUAGUACAAGAUGCAGUGCCUUUGAUUUAUCCAUGCCUUCCGAAUUAUUUGUCAAAAAUUGCAGAAAAGAGGAGAAAAAUGAAACAAAAGUGUAGCAUUGAUCAUGAUCUGAAAAGAAACCAAAGGAUAAAAAAUUCUUUUAAUUCUAUGAAAAAUGUUGCAGUUAAUGUUGAGGAGCCUCUGGAAACUUUAAGCAUUGAUAGAAAUCUAAACAGCAAUCAAAAAACGAACUCUUUCGAUUCUGUUGAAAAUUUUGAACCUUAUGUUCAUGAGACUCCAAAAACAUUUACAUAUGCUGAAUUGACAGAAAAUAUUGAUUGUAUAGUAAGGCCUAACAUUUUGUGGGGUAUUACUUGCCAUGAACUGUUUGUUAUGUGUGCUUUAUGGAAUGCUGAAGGUGAACUCCAGCUGAAGAUGAUUAUAGACAAAAAUUUGGAUGUAAAGAUUUGUAUGAAGGGUGAAACCAGUGUCUUGAAACAUGGACUGACUUGUAUUGAAGAUAUUUCUGCUUUGCUAUCUAAGAUUAAUGGAGAUAUAAUUACUGAUUCUACAAGUUAGCAAGUGGUAAGCUUGCUCUAUACAGUUUCAGCCCCCCCCCCCUUUUGUAUAAAUGUGCCUAAAAAAUAAAGGGAAACAUUGAAGAACU